CGACGUCGUUUACUGAAGUCCCGCUCAGAGUUAGUUUCCCGGUUUAUGCUGAACGGCGAAAGGUGGCUUCCGAACCCACACCGGAAAAUGUCCGUGAAGCCUUGCUCCCAUUUCCCGCGAAGCAAAAGCUUUUCUUUCAUUUACGGAUCGAAUAGUGUCACUUGCAAAACCAAAACCCCAUUUUUAUUUUCCUUUAAAAGCUUGCAAAGUGCUAAUUCGAAGUGCUAUAAGAGGUUUGAAUGCAGGAAUUUGAAAACUUCUUGCCAAUUCUUUGUUUCAGAGAAUGAUAAGUACGACUAUGUUGAUUCUGGGUUACGGAAGGCGUUUUCCUUUGCCCGGUCGAUUUCACCUGGUGGUAGCUGGUGGAACUUAUCUGAACAUAAGCAAGACAAUGUUGAAGCGGCAAAGCCAUUAACGGCGCUGCUUGCUCUUCGCCGGAUGUGGGUUUUAAUUUCCGGCGAGAGAUGGAUUUUAUUUGUGGCUUUUGGUUCACUUGUUAUUGCUGCCGUUUCAGAGAUCUCCAUGCCAAGUAUACUGGCUGCGUCAAUAUUUUCAGCACAGAGCGGUGAGACCGUGGGUUUCUACCGGAAGGCACAGUCUUUACUUGUUCUGUGUUUCGCUUCAGGCAUAUGCAGUGGUCUGCGAAGUGGCUGCUUUGGAAUUUUGAAUGUAAUCCUGGUAAAGCGUCUGCGAGAAAAUCUGUAUGCAGCUCUUCUUUUUCAGGACAUAUCCUAUUUUGAUAGAGAGCAGGUUGGUGACUUAACAAGUAGGCUUUCAACAGAUUGUCAACGACUAUCUUAUGUCAUAGGAAAUGAUCUUCAUUUGAUUUUUCGCAACACUUUACAGGGAACAGGAGCAGUAAUUAAUUUGCUGACUUUAUCAUGGCCUUUGGCAUUGUCCGCCCUGGUGAUUUGCUCUGUUUUAUCUGCAAUUUUCCUCGUUUAUGGCCGGUAUCAAAGAAAAGCAGCAAAGUUGACCCAAGAUUUCACAGCUAGUGCCAAUGAAGUAGCCCAGGAAACCCUUUCACUGGUUAGAACGGUCCGAACCUAUGGUGCUGAAGUAGAAGAAGUUGGAAGGUACAAGCAAUGGCUUCGGAGAUUAGCAUUUGUAAACACUAGAGAGAGUUUGGCUUAUGGUUUUUGGAAUCUGAGUUUUAACACCCUCUACCGUUCAAGUCAGACUAGAAGUGAUGUGAAACGCAACAUGCAGAUAUUUGCUGUGCUGUUAGGAGGGAUGUCUGUUCUCUGUUGUUGUGUGACUGUGGAACAGCUUACUAAGUAUGUGUUAUACUGUGAGUGGCUGAUAUUUGCCACUUGGAGGGUGACAAAUAGCUUGUCAUCAUUCCUGCAGUCCAUUGGAGCAUGUGAAAAAGUUUUUAAAAUGAUGGAUCUUUUGCCCAGUGACCAAUUUCUAUCUAAAGGAGUGAAGUUGCAGAGGUUAAGGGGACGUUUUGAGUUUGUAAAUGUAUCAUUUUGCUAUCCUACGAGGAUCAUGGUUCCUGUUCUAGAACGCUUAAACUUUUCUGUAGAAGCAAAUGAAGUGAUUGCUAUAGUUGGUGUUAGUGGCAGCGGAAAGAGCACAUUACUCAACCUCUUACUUCGUUUAUAUGAGCCAAGUAAUGGUCAGAUUUACAUUGAUGGGUUUCCUCUCGGAGAAUUGGAUAUCAGAUGGCUGAGACAAAACAUUGGAUAUAUAGCACAGGAACCACAUCUCUUUCACAUGGACAUUAAGUCAAACAUAAAAUAUGGUUGCCCCAGAGACAUUAAACAGGAAGAUGUUGAACGAGCAGCAAAGCAGGCCUAUGCUCAUGACUUUAUUUCAUCAUUUCCCAACGGCUACGAAACCAUUGUUGAUGAUGACUCACUCAGUGGGGGGCAAAAGCAACGAAUUGCCAUUGCUAGGGCCAUUCUUCGGGACCCAAUUAUUAUGAUACUUGAUGAAGCAACCAGUGCUCUAGAUCCUGAGAGUGAGCAUUACAUCAAGGAGGUUGUAUAUUCAUUAAGAAGUGGAUCUAAAGCAAGAACCAUCAUUAUCAUAGCACAUAGGCUUUCUACCAUAAAAGCUGCUGACAGGAUCUUCGUAAUGGAUGGUGGUCGCAUCAUUGAGUGCUCGCAGAUGGGUAACCACGAAGAACUUCUGCUUGAAGAUGGGUUCUAUGCAAAACUGUAUAAGGGUCAAACAGAUGCUUUGACUUGAUUCAAGUGGCUUGUGGAUUUACAAUUUAAGGGGAGAGGGUCGUGAUCAUUAUACUAUGUAAUGUAAUCAAAGAGAGUUGAAGGUUGCAAUGCUGAUAAGAACCGUGAUUCAUAUCA